UCUCCUUCUUCUCUCUCUCUGGCUUCUGUCUUCUCUCUGCUCCAGCUUCAUGGCCACAGUCGGUGCUUCUGCUUCGGUCGCAGGCCCACUUGCGCUAACCCCUUGACCCAAAGAGCUCCUCCAAGUCGCCCGCUCCGUCCUAUCAACAGGCUUUGUAAAUUUCAAGACUGCCAAAACGGCUCCUUGUGCUGGUAAACUCGGCAGAGUCGCGGAGGCGAUGGCCAUGGGAAUCUCCACCGCACAGAACGCUCCUUUGGGACCGUAUUGCCCCACUUCUCUCUCCUUAUUGCGGUCCCGCCCCCGGUUCUUGCUCAGGGGGUCACCCACUCCUCGUUUGCUCUGGGUCAGAGCCGAGUCGGUUCAAAGGGGUGAGUUUUGCCAAAUACAAAAUGCUGGAGACACUACUUCUCGAAGCAGCUUACUUGAUGGUUCUGUAACUUCUGGUGAAAGCAAACGCCAUAAAUAUAAUUCUAGUUCUUCAGCUAGGAUGGUAACUAAUCCAACUAGUCACUCUAUUGAAUAUAAGAACACAAGCUCUUCGAAUUUCUCUAGCGGGUGGAAGGUAGCUACUGAAAGUCUACGAAAUUCAAAACAUGGUUGGAAGGGACAUAUGUGUCAUGACAACUCACAUGGGGGGCCAGAAACCAUACGAAUGCCACUUGAUGGGGAUGGUAGCAACUACAAUUUCCUUCACGCUGAUCUCCAUCACUAUGAAGAGAGUAAAGUUAGGGCCACAACGAAUGCUCAUAACAUUCUUAGCACACGUGCUGCAACUGCUGUCCCAUUUUCUGAAGUAAUCACUGAGGGAGUGGAUACCCAUGAAAAUGCACAGGAUCUUGUAAUGCCUGGGUCAUUCAGUCACGAUCUGCGAUUCAGUAUCCCUCAAACCGUCUCUUCAGGAACUUUGAAGACUUCCCACCAAUUUUCCCCAUCACCUAAGUCAAGGGAAAAUUUUGGUGAAAAGAAUCUUGAGGUUUCUGAAAUAAAUGGAGAGAAAUCCCUUGAUGCAGCAACAGUGGAUGCAAUGUGUUCUGAAAUAAAGCAAGUUAAAUCCAUUGAUGCAACUGAAGUGAAUGAAGAGAGAAAGGCGAAGCUCAGAAGCAUAUAUGGGAAAGUUCUGAUUGUUAAUGACAAGUCCGUGGCAAAAGAAGUUGUGCGGAAGCUAACAAAUCAGUACAAGCAUCUAGUACAUGCUUGUGACACGGAGGUAGCUAAGAUUGAUGUGAAGCAGGCAACACCAGUUGAUCAUGGAGAGAUAAUAUGCUUCAGUAUAUAUUCUGGACCUCAGGCAGAUUUUGGCAAUGGCAAAUCCUGUAUCUGGGUUGAUGUUCUUGAUGGUGGGAAGGAACUUCUGUUUGAGUUUGAAGCGUUUUUUAAAGACCCAGACAUUAGAAAGGUAUGGCACAACUACAGCUUCGAUAACCAUGUUAUUGAGAAUUAUGGAAUUAAGGUUUCUGGAUUUCAUGCUGAUACAAUGCAUAUGGCACGCCUUUGGAAUUCAUCAAGAAGGACAGAGGGUGGGUAUUCUCUUGAAGCACUUACAGGUGACCGCAGGGUUAUAUCUGAUGCAGAGUUGGGUAAUGAGAAAGAGUUGAUUGGCAAAGCAUCGAUGAAAACCAUAUUCGGCAGGAACAAGGUAAAGAAAGAUGGAUCUGAAGGUAAAAUGACCACCAUACCCCCUGUAGAGGAAUUACAGAGGGAAGAGCGGGAACUGUGGAUAUGCUACUCUGCAUUGGAUGCAAUGAGUACGCUUAGACUUUUUGAGAGCUUAAGAAGAAAAUUACAAAGAAUGUCGUGGAGAUUUGAUGGUAAACCAUGUCCUCAGAAAUCAAUGCUCGACUUCUACAAUGAAUACUGGCAGCCAUUUGGUGAGAUUUUAGUCAAAAUGGAGGCUGAGGGAAUGUUGGUUGAUCGAGCAUAUCUAGCUGAGUUGGAAAAGGUAGCCAAAGCAGAGCAAGAAGUUGCUGUUGAUAGGUUUCGCAAAUGGGCAUCCAAGUAUUGUGAAGACGCCAAGUACAUGAAUGUGGGAAGUGACGCUCAACUUAGGCAGCUACUCUUUGGGGGAACUCUUAACAGGAAGAACACCAACCUAUGUCUAGAUGUAGAGAAAGUUUUCAAAGUUCCAAAUGUUGAUGGAUUCAUUGAGGAAGGCAAGAAAACUCCCUUAAAAUAUCGAAAUAUAACACUCUGCAGCAUCGGUGUUCAACUGCCAGCUGAGAUCUUCACACCAAGCGGUUGGCCUGCAGUGAGUGGGGCUGCUUUAAAGAAUUUGGCUGGGAAAGUUUCUGCAGAAUAUGAGUUCACAGACGACAUUUCUAACCUGGAGUCGGGAGAUGAUGGGGAAGAUAUAUCUGAAUCGGAAACUAGUGAAGCUUCAGGAGUUCUAGGAUCAACUGCCAGUAGGAACAUUGAUACUUCAGCUUACGGAACAGCUUUUAGCGCCUUUCACAAUGAAGAUGAAGGAAGGGAAGCAUGCCAUGCCAUUGCUGCUCUAUGUGAAGUGUGCUCUAUUGACUCUCUCAUAUCUAAUUUUAUUCUUCCCUUGCAGGGAAGCAACGUCUCAGGGAAGGAUGGACGUGUACAUUGUUCAUUGAAUAUCAAUACAGAAACCGGGCGUUUAUCAGCUAGGAGGCCUAAUUUGCAGAAUCAACCGGCUUUGGAGAAGGAUAGGUACAAGAUCCGUCAGGCUUUCAUUGCUAAACCUGGGCACUCACUUAUUGUUGCUGAUUAUGGACAGCUGGAACUUAGAAUUCUUGCACACCUUGCUGAUUGUAAGAGCAUGUUGGAUGCAUUCAGAGCUGGCGGUGAUUUCCACUCAAGAACUGCAAUGAAUAUGUACCAACAUAUUCGUGAAGCAGUUGAAAAGAAGGAAGUGCUUCUUGAGUGGCAUCCCCAACCUGGUGACGAUAAACCCCCAGUUCCACUCCUAAAGGACGCUUUUGCUUCUGAAAGAAGAAAAGCUAAAAUGCUGAACUUUUCCAUUGCAUAUGGUAAAACUCCUGUGGGACUUGCACGGGAUUGGAAGGUCUCUGUAGAUGAAGCUAAGGAAACAGUUGAACUCUGGUACAAGGAAAGAAGAGAGGUGCUCAAUUGGCAAGAAAAGCGUAAAGAAGAAGCUAGAAAAACUGGACGUGUACACACAUUACUUGGUCGGGCCCGCCAGUUUCCAUCACUUGCUCACGCCUCCCGUGCUCAUAGAAACCACAUUGAACGGGCUGCAAUCAAUACACCAGUGCAGGGUAGUGCUGCUGACGUUGCCAUGUGCGCCAUGUUACGAAUAACAAACAAUAAACAGUUAGAAGAUCUGGGAUGGAGGCUGCUUUUGCAGGUUCAUGACGAGGUGAUUCUUGAAGGACCAACAGAAUCGGCUGAGGUUGCAAAGGCCAUAGUUGUUGAGUGCAUGUCCAAACCCUUCUUCGAGGGCGUGAAUAUCCUUAAUGUUGACUUGGCUGUUGAUGCCAAAAGUGCACAAAAUUGGUAUGCUGCUAAGUAGGUGUCAGAGGAGAGGGUUUUGAAACUGGUUGAAAAGGUUUAUUCCUUCUAAUCACAGCUUGAGAUGGAAUUGCUCCUGGCUCAAUCUUUUCCCUUCCUGGUCCCCCGGACAUGCUAAGCCAUUGAAGGUACUUAAUCACUGACCAGCUACACAUUGCAUCGGCAAGUCUUCUUGUCCCGGCUUGUACUGAAUGAGCCAUGUUUUGAUCGUGGAAAAGUGGAAGGAGCUAGUAGUUGAUUCUUAUGACCAAGUUGAAGAUCAACGUGAAUGGAACGCCCCCAAAGAGUCCCCAUAGUUGUAAAUUGCUCUCUCCUCUCUCUCUCUCUCUCUCUCUCUCAGCUCCAUUGCUUGACCAUGGGAAAUUGAAUGCAGGCAGCAAGCCCCAAUCAUCCAAAAGUCAAGCCUUGUGGUUAAAUUAUGUUUCCCUCCUUCCUUUGCAAGGCUUGUAUUUUGCUGUAAUCAUUCACAGAUUUGCUAUCUGUUGCUGGUCAUGUCAGACUUAUACUCUUUGCUAUUCCAGUAAAUUUGCUCCCUUGUCGGAAAUGUUCAGUA